GGUCUUCACCAUGGGCAACAAGCAAACAGUAUUUACUCAUGAGCAGCUGGAAGCAUAUCAGGACUGCACCUUCUUCACGAGGAAGGAAAUCAUGAGGCUCUUCUAUCGCUACCAGGACCUUGCCCCCCAGCUUGUCCCUCUCGACUAUACCAGCUACCCUGAUGUGAAGGUUCCUUACGAGCUCAUUGGCAGCAUGCCUGAACUGAAGGACAACCCUUUCCGUCAGAGGAUCGCCCAGGUCUUCUCCGAGGAUGGGGAUGGCCACAUGACCUUGGACAACUUCUUGGACAUGUUUUCUGUGAUGAGUGAAAUGGCUCCCCGCGACCUCAAAGCCUACUACGCUUUUAAAAUUUAUGACUUUAACAACGAUGACUACAUCUGUGUGUGGGACCUGGAGCAGACGGUGACCAAGUUAACGCGGGGAGAGCUUAGCGCUGAGGAGGUGAGCCUGGUGUGUGAGAAGGUGCUGGAUGAGGCCGACGGGGACCACGACGGGCGACUGUCCCUGGAAGACUUCCAGAACAUGAUCCUGCGGGCGCCGGACUUCCUCAGCACCUUCCACAUCCGCAUCUGAGGGUACUGCGGAGGAGCCGGGCCAGAGGAAGGCAGGGCGACCCCUCAUCUCAAUGUAGAAUCCGGUCUCCCUGGGCUCCGGGAAUAAACACACAUCACUGAG